GUUCAGCGGUGCCGGUCUUCCCUCCACAUGCUCUGUUGGACAUACGAAUUUUUCUGCAUUAGAAAUUAUUAUUGAGAUUAUUACCAGCUUUUCAAUAUUCCAGAUUCUUACGAAGAUGAACACUUCGGACAUCCUGGCGCCAUUUCUCCUGCUGUUAUGCAUGAGCUGGGGUGUUAUGGGUCAUCAUUAUGGGCGAGAUAAUGCUGGUCUUCCAAACUUGAACACCGAUAGAUUGAAAUUGAUUCAUUCCUGGAAAUCCCUGGAAUUCGAUUAUCCGGAUGCUAAUGCACGCCGGGUGGCAGUAAACAGAAAAGAGUUCAUUCCCGGUGUCCCAGUUCCAAUAGAUGUUGAUGUUAUACGAGGCCGUCUUCCCAAGGUGCUGAUAACGAUUCCACGGUUCCAAGACGGUGUCCCAGUGACCCUUGGUUAUGUUACGAAUAAAGUAACCUCUGAGGGCAAUCCCAUCAUUGCGCCAUAUCCCAAUUGGGAGUGGAAUAGUCUGGGAAGUUGUGAUCACAUAGUCAGUGUUUAUCGGAUUAAGGUUGACGAGUGUGGAAGACUUUGGGUCCUCGACACCGGAAAGCUAAAAGAGGAUCAGAUCUGCCCGCCCAAACUCCUGCUCUUCAACACCCAGACCGACCGCUUGAUCUCAGUCUAUCGUUUCCCCUCCGAUCAAGUCCUCCCUGAUUCCCUAUUCAUAACCCCCGUCGUCGACAUCCGCGACCCCCAGACAUGUUUCGACACCUUCGUCUACAUAGCGGACGUCACCGGAUACCAAUUGAUCGUCUACGACCACAGACGCCAGAUGUCCUGGAACAUCCAGAACAACCUGUUCCACCCUUACCCCGACCACGGCACCUUCAGCAUCGCCGGCCAGAGCUUCGACCUCAUGGACGGGAUAUUCGGUCUGGCGUUGAGUCCAAUUCUACGGAAUGGCGACAGGACGCUGUACUUCCACUCCCUAGCCAGUGUUGUUGAGGGCUGGGUGCCUACUUCCGUCAUCAGGAACUCUUCCGCUUUUGUGGAUGACCCGGAAGCUAUGGCUAGAUCCUUCCGAUCUUUUCCGAAAACUAGACCGUCGCAGGCUGGUGCCGAAGCGAUGGACAAGAACGGUGUGCUGUUCUAUGGGCUGAUGUCGGAAAUCGCUCUUGGCUGCUGGAAUAGUCAUGUCGAGUUCGGUGGAGAUAAUUUGGAUAUCAUUGUUGUCAACAGGGAGACACUUCAGUUUGCCUCAGGAUUAAAGGUUUCAGGUUCGACGCAAGGUAGGCAAGAAGUCUGGGUGUUGACGAGUGCCUUCCAGAAGGUAAUGAACGAAUUGAACCCAAACGAGGUCAAUUUCCGAAUUCAGGCGGGUUUUGUUGAUGAACUCGUACGUGGGACCAAAUGCCAGGGUGGACUAAGUGCUUCAGGUGACAAAGGACCUAAAAUUCAUUUUAGGAAGCCCGUUGUCCCCCCUGCUGCGUCGUCUUCCUUCGAUCCUUCACAGCCCUGGAAUCUAGCGCCUAUCAGAAAUUACUAAUGUUUAUUCCUCAAUGGUAAUGACAAAAGGCUAUCUUGUCGCAACUAUUGUCAUGAAAAUCCUCAUGAAUAAAAAUCAUUCAGUUCGCAUGUAAUUUACGUAACUCUUUUAGAUUUUUCCGCAC